AUUCGGCCAACUCCAAACAUUGGACUCAAUUUCCAAUUGAAUCAUCACCUCUGGACCUCUCUUCUUUAGACCCUCCCCACUCAUUCAUCUCAAAGAUGCGUUCUACCGCUGUUCUCCGAAUGUUCAGGCAGACGCCUCGCAUGCUGCGACCCGUCCCCAAGGAGGACCAGGCUGGCCACACCAUCUCUCAGCGACUCCGAAAGCUCAAGCAGAUCCCUCCUGAGCUGUACCCCCUCGCUGUCGUUGUUGGCUUCGCUCUCGGCGCUGCCGGCUACUCCAUCUCCCGCAAGUUCAUCGUCGAUAAGAACCUCCGUCUCGCUCGACAGGGCCCUGCUGCGCGUGCGGCAAACAGCGGUCACGGUGAGAGCGAGGAGCACUAAAUUUGUGCGAAGAAUAGAGUGACUCUCGGGGAAUGAAAUUGGUUGAAUAUCCUGGGAAGGGCAGUACUGUACAUUUCAGGACAGCACGGUAGCAGGGAACUCCGUCAGGCAUAAAAUAUGAAUUUCGGUGAUUGAUAUUUAUCUCACCCUUGCCCACCAGUAACCGUGAAUCCAAUGCCUCAAACGCCUUCGCUAUGCCAGCAAUAAACCCGAUAAAUAACCUCCAACUUUUGUCAUCAUUCAGGCUUUGGUCCUGCAACAUCGAGUUGUUCCAAUCCUUGCAUAGGGUCAGGACCGGAAUCUGCCACUGCUCCCUCAUCGUCUGCUGCAUGCUCAGCCAACCAUCCUUCCUGUAUAUUUAGUUAGUAGUGUUGGCAAAACAAAAAAACAUGACUUAGA